CCGUUCCUAUAGCUACACGCACCAACCCGCCGCUGCUCGCGCUGCCGGAGAGAGAGAGAGCUAACGUUACCGUCCAUCAUGGCGAUGCAUGCGAAGGCGACUCCGCCGCAGAUCCCGGACACCCGCCGGGAGCUCGCCGAGCUGGUGAAGAGGAAACAAGAACUUGCGGAGACGCUGGUGAACUUGGAAAGACAAAUAUAUGCAUUCGAAGGCAGCUACCUAGAAGACACCCAGAUGUAUGGCAACAUCAUCAGAGGAUGGGACCGAUACCUCACCAACCAAAAGAACUCCAAUAGUAAGACUGACAGAAGGAAUAGAAAAUUCAAGGAAGCAGAGCGUUUAUUCAGCAAGUCAUCUGUCACAUCGGUUGCAGCAGUAUGUGCACUCGGUGGGAUACCGGAUCACAUGAACGAAAAACGUGAGGCAGGCAGCGGCACAGAAAGCGACGCCUCUCCAGAUCUCCAGAACCAAGAGAACGAGCCCAGCCAGGAGGAUACGGAAGACGUGGAUUCGACGCUGCAGGACCUAAAGCCCCAGAAGGCCGCCUCCUCCUCCUCCUCGGGCAGCCAUCACGGGAGCCACAAGAAGAGGAAGAACAAAAACAGACACAGAUUUCUUGAUUGAGAAGCUGAGGUUGUUCAUAGCUGAUCGGUAUGUUUAUGUGGGUUAAGCUGGAAGUUGGACAGCGUGUUUACGUGCUCUGUAGUAAAACCUGGUUACUGAACAAUCUGUGUUUACAUGCAGCAGUUCAGGUGAGAUUUCCCCCCUACCCUGACUUUAUUCUGGUACCACGGCUUCAUUUUGAGGCAUUCACGAAGCUUCUUUAUGAUUCAAAUUCAGACCCUUCAAGAUGACAGUCUGAAUGUUACUCAGUCAGACUUGUAUAGGAGCCACUUUGUGCAAGUUUCAGUCUGAAGAUAAUUUAAUUUUGGAUUCCAGGAAGUAGAGCUACGUGUAAUAAUCAGACAGUAGUCACUCAGCAAGUAGGGUUCGCAUUUCAAUCCCAGGCUCCUCCAGUCAAAGUGUCCUUGAAUUAGACACUGAAUCUCAGUAGCUCCUGAUAGUUAAGUGAGCACCUUGUAUGGUAUCUCACUGACAUUGGUGUGUUUGUUUGUUUGUUUGUUUGUGUACAUGGGUGAAGAGGACAAAUUGUAAAGUAAUUUUCAAUAAAAGCGCUAUGUAAAUUCA